AUGGUGCUCGAAGCCACCAUGAUCGUUGUUGACAACAGCGAAGCCAGCAGGAAUGGCGACUAUCUCCCCGACCGAUUCAAAGCACAAUCCGAAGCCGUCAGCCUCAUUUUCAACGCAAAGACAUCCUCAAAUCCCGAAUCCGCUGUCGGUAUCAUGUCCAUGGCCGGCACAGGUCCCAAAGUUCUCACAACACCCACAAACAACUACGGAGCCAUCCUGGCGGGUCUACACGAAACCAAGAUCAAGGGCCAUAUAAGGUUAGGCACGGCAAUCAGUGUGGCGAUGCUGGCCCUCCACCACAGAGCGAACAAGUCUCAACGACAGCGGAUCGUCGUCCUGAUAUGUAGCGAGCUGGACCCAAAGUUCGGAGACAAGAACGACACAGAGAAGGAACUGAUCAAGCUGGCAAAGAAGUGCAAGAAGAACAACGUUUCGGUCGACUUUGUCGCCUUUGGCGACGCCAUUGAGUCAAGUACCAAGUCAAUACUGGAGAAAUUCAUUGAAGCUGUGGGUGGCUCGUCAGGAGAGGGAAAUAACCUCGCCGCCAUCCCUCCUGGGCCGGGUUUGCUGAGCGACAGCCUCAUUACCACGCCUAUAGUCAACAUGGGUGGGGACAUGGGAGCUGGAGGAGCGGGUGGUAUGGAAGGGGUCGAGACUGGUGGCGGCGGAGCCGGUCGAUUUGACGAAUUCGGCAUUGAUGCCGCGGCAGAUCCAGAACUUGCCAUGGCGUUGCGGAUGAGUAUGGAGGAAGAGGAACAUCGGUUGGAGAGGGAGCGGAGAGCACGCGAGGAGGAAGAGAGACGGAACGCGGAUAGGAUGGAGACCAUCACCGAAGAAGGGCAGGGUCAGCAGGCAGCGAACGGUGCGAAUGGAGAAGGCCAGGACAGCACGGCAUCUAAGCAGCCGCGGGUAGAGGAGGACAGACAGGAGUGA